AUGCCUCCUAAAACAACAAAGGAUCAAAAGGGUCGAUAAUUAUUUAGAGUUGGCACACCAUUAAAGGAUGUGAUACCAUAAAGUGUUAAGAAUCCACCUAGAGAUCCUAAACCGCUUAAAGCACCAGAAUAAAUUAACAAAUAGAGUAUGCAAGGUAAAUAUAAUUGUUCAAUAUGAAAGAAUAUCAUCCAUUUCCUGACCCUGAGGAUUGGCCAGGUGAUGAAGUUGUUUAAGCCUUAAAUCUUCUAUAGGGUGAGGCUUAACUUACAAAGUGCAAUUUUGAAACUGACAAAUAUGUUCCAUUUUGGAGAAGACCUAAGAAUUUUUUAAGAUAAAGAUGGCAAUAGUAAAUAUAUAAUUUAUGUUAGAGAAUCUGAACAUGAACCACCUUAUAUGGAAAUGAGAGAAAAUAGAUAUAAUAUGAAUGAUGAUUAUUAUUCGACUAGACUUGAAACAAUUGAAAAAAUACAUUUUAAGGAAAAGGAAGUUGAACAUCAAUUGACUAUUUGUGAGAGUUAUGAAAGAAUGGAAACACCUGAAGAAGUAGAAUUAAGAAGAAAAGAAUUUUUAGAAAAAUAAGCAGCUUAAUAAAAAAAUAAAAAGGGUAAUAAAAAACAAGCAGAGGAAGUAUUUGAUGAAAAUCCAAAGAUGACAUCUGAUGUUAGAUUAAGUGAUUUAAUUUGUAAUGAUACAUUACCACCUAAUUCUCGUUGGAUUGCAUCAUAAUUAUAAUAGAUUAAGGAUAGAGAUAUUAAAGAUUGUUUUACUCAAAAAUCAUUAUCAAGCAAGAUAUAUCCAUAAAAAGAUGGAGCACCAAUAUAUAAUCCAAAUGGUAAAUAUAUAGUCAAAUUAUAUUUUAUGGGAAAGGAGAGAAAAAUAUAAGUUUCUGAUCAUAUGCCAACAACAUUUGAUGGUAAACCAUUAUUGCCUCAAAGUGUUGAUAAAAAUCAAUUAUGGCCUAUGAUUAUAAGUAAAGCAAUAUUAUAAUUAUGGGAUUAUCAAAGUAAAGGUAGUUUAGUUGGAGAUGGAUUUGUAAUGUAUUCUUUAAUGGGAUUAUUAACUGAAACUAUUGAUUUGAAAACUAUUAGUGGUUGGGGUGUAAUUGACAAUAUGAUGAAUAAUAAUCAUUAUGUCUAAAAAGAUGUUUUUGUAUCUACAUAUAGUUAUAAAAAUCAAUCUAAUUUAAAUACAAAUAAUAGAUCUAAGAAAGAAUAUCUAUUAGAAUUAUUAAGAAAUCCAAAAAAAGAAUAUGAUAAUUAUGAAAUUGCUAGAAAUAAAAAUAGUUCUCCUUCAUAACAUUAAUAAAUUUAAUAAGAAGAAUAAGAUGAAUAAUAAGAAGAAAUGGAAUAAGAUGAAGGUGAACAAUAAAUUCAAAGAUUUAGAAAAAGUCAAAGAGGAUUCUCAUAUGAAAGUUUGAGUAGAUCUUAUUCUAUUCCUCGACCAUCAAUACCACCAGGUAACACAAAUCUUAAUACUUGUUUUUCAUAUUCAAUUGUAGAAUAAUUUUAGAAUGAGAAUGGGUUUAAUAUGGUUUAUGCAUAAAAAAGGAGUGAUAGAGAAUUAAGAUUGAGAUAAGAAUAUUUUGAUUUAUGCAAAACACCAAUGAAUAAAAUGACAAAAGAAGAAAAAUUAGAAUUAAGAAGAAGAAAAAAAGAAAUUAAAGAAAAAUUACAAGAUGAUGAUAAAAAAAGGAUUUCUUUAAUAAGUUAAUAACCAGUUAAACAUAGAUACUUAAGAUUAAAGAGUGAUGUUUAAGGUAAGGAUCCAGUAAUUGUUUUCAGUCCACUUGCAGCUGAUGAAAUAUAUAUUGCUAAAAAAUGUAUAGCUAAUAAAUUGAAUAAACCUCCAAAUUAUGAUAUCCCAGAAAUUAAAGGAGAUGAUAAAUCUGUUGUUUCAGCCAAUAUGAAGAAUACUGAUGAUAGUUUUACAGUGAAACCUUUAGAAGAUUUUUCUUCUGUUAAUAAUGCAUAAGAACCAUUUAAUAGAGGAGAAGGAGGGUUUUGGGUACAUGAAAAAGAAUUUUUAAGUCUUUUUGAUUACAUUUAAAUAGCUUAUGAUCCGAAGAGAUAUAAUUUUCAAAUUUUGUAAAUUCAAAGCAAUCCAGAUAAUGAUAUUGCUAGUUAUGAUAAUAUUGAAAUGAUUAUUGUUUAAAGAGAUCCAGAUUCUGAUGAUAAUGCUUAAGUUGCAUUUCUUUAUGGAUUUUAACCAAAAUAUUCUUAAGAUAAAGAUCUUAAUGAAUAAAUUAGACCAUAUUCUAUGUUAUAACGAUUUGAUUUAGAAACAUAUGAGUCAAUUUUGGAUUACAAAUUAUUAAAUUAAUGUGUUAGUUCAUAAAUGCUAUUAUUAGAUAAUAAAAAUCAUAUAUUCAAAAUGAAUAUAUAUUCACCACUCAAUUUCACUAUAUGGUUUGCAUCUAAUAAUAAAAUCAAUACUUAAAGUGUAUUCGAUUAUUUAAUUGAUUAUGAAAAUUAUCAGAAACAAUCCUUCUAAAUAGAUUAUCCAUCAUGUGAAGCCAAUAGAUACUAUGUGUAUUUUAGAUUCAAAGUUUUCUUGAAUUCUAACAAAGAAAAUGGAUCAUUUGUUUAUAGAUUGAAAAGUACAACAGAUAAUUAAUUAUUAAAAUUCCUUAAAGUUAAAUUAUGUGAAAUACCUCCUCCUGAUAAUAAUUUAAUGCUCACUACAAUUGAAGGAGUUCAUAAAAAUUUAUUUGAAAGUGAAUCCAUCAUUAAUGGUACAUAAAGAAUGAUGCUCAGAAGUUAAACUACCUACUACUUUAUAUUAGAAGGAACUNAAAGAUUUAGAAAAAGUCAAAGAGGAUUCUCAUAUGAAAGUUUGAGUAGAUCUUAUUCUAUUCCUCGACCAUCAAUACCACCAGGUAACACAAAUCUUAAUACUUGUUUUUCAUAUUCAAUUGUAGAAUAAUUUUAGAAUGAGAAUGGGUUUAAUAUGGUUUAUGCAUAAAAAAGGAGUGAUAGAGAAUUAAGAUUGAGAUAAGAAUAUUUUGAUUUAUGCAAAACACCAAUGAAUAAAAUGACAAAAGAAGAAAAAUUAGAAUUAAGAAGAAGAAAAAAAGAAAUUAAAGAAAAAUUACAAGAUGAUGAUAAAAAAAGGAUUUCUUUAAUAAGUUAAUAACCAGUUAAACAUAGAUACUUAAGAUUAAAGAGUGAUGUUUAAGGUAAGGAUCCAGUAAUUGUUUUCAGUCCACUUGCAGCUGAUGAAAUAUAUAUUGCUAAAAAAUGUAUAGCUAAUAAAUUGAAUAAACCUCCAAAUUAUGAUAUCCCAGAAAUUAAAGGAGAUGAUAAAUCUGUUGUUUCAGCCAAUAUGAAGAAUACUGAUGAUAGUUUUACAGUGAAACCUUUAGAAGAUUUUUCUUCUGUUAAUAAUGCAUAAGAACCAUUUAAUAGAGGAGAAGGAGGGUUUUGGGUACAUGAAAAAGAAUUUUUAAGUCUUUUUGAUUACAUUUAAAUAGCUUAUGAUCCGAAGAGAUAUAAUUUUCAAAUUUUGUAAAUUCAAAGCAAUCCAGAUAAUGAUAUUGCUAGUUAUGAUAAUAUUGAAAUGAUUAUUGUUUAAAGAGAUCCAGAUUCUGAUGAUAAUGCUUAAGUUGCAUUUCUUUAUGGAUUUUAACCAAAAUAUUCUUAAGAUAAAGAUCUUAAUGAAUAAAUUAGACCAUAUUCAAUGUUAUAACGAUUUGAUUUAGAAACAUAUGAGUCAAUUUUGGAUUACAAAUUAUUAAAUUAAUGUGUUAGUUCAUAAAUGCUAUUAUUAGAUAAUAAAAAUCAUAUAUUCAAAAUGAAUAUAUAUUCACCACUUAAUUUUACUAUAUGGUUUGCAUCUAAUAAUAAAAUCAAUACUUAAAGUGUAUUCGAUUAUUUAAUUGAUUAUGAAAAUUAUCAAAAAUAAUCUUUCUAAAUAGAUUAUCCAUCAUGUGAAGCCAAUAGAUACUAUGUGUAUUUUAGAUUCAAAGUUUUCUUGAAUUCUAACAAAGAAAAUGGAUCAUUUGUUUAUAGAUUGAAAAGUACAACAGAUAAUUAAUUAUUAAAAUUCCUUAAAAUUAAAUUAUGUGAAAUACCUCCUCCUGAUAAUAACUUAAUGCUCACUACAAUUGAGGGAGUUCAUAAGAAUUUAUUUGAAAGUGAAUCCAUCAUUAAUGGUACUUAAAGAAUGAUGCUCAGAAGUUAAACUACCUACUAUUUUAUAUUAGAAGGAACUCCUUAAUACAAUACAUAAGAAGGCACCUUCGAAUUGGAUUUCUUAAUUAAUUAAGAAUUUACUUUUACAUAAUUAGAGAAUGUAGAGCCUGCUCGUUAUUAUGAUAAAUAUGUUCCAACUAAAUAUGGAACUAUUUUUAGGGAAAGAAUAUUUGCAAAUGAAGCAUAAGCUAGCAUUUAUGUUAGAUUAACAGAAGGAUAAUAAGCUUAAUAAUAAUAAUAAGUAGCAAAAGGUAAAUAAACAAAAGGAGGAGCUUAAGAAUUAGAAAUAGUUGAAUCUGAAAUGAAAGGAGAAAGACUUAUUCGUUUAGAAUUAUUUCAUGGAGAUGAUUUGAUUGUAUAUAAUUAUGGAAUUAAUUCAGUUACACUCUCAAAUAUUACAAUACCUAAAGAUGAAAAUUAUGUAAUUUAAGCAUCCUUUGAUCUAAGAGAAUGGCCAGAAGCUAAAAUAAAAUCUGAAGAGACUGAUAAUUUAUAUUGGUUCACAACUAUAUUUGCAUCAGAUACUGUUGCACUUGUAAGAGAUACAACAAAAGAAGAUAAAGAAAAAGCAAUUAAAAAAUCAUGGGAAGACAAAGAACCAGGAAGAGCUGCAAAUGCUAAAAAAUCAAGAACAAAAUAUUUAAUUACUUUGAAAGAAGAAUUAACACCUGAAGAAUAAGCUAUUGUAAAUGCACCCAGAAUGACAAAAAAGUAAAGAGAAGAAGAGGCUAAAUAAGCAGCUCAAAAAAAGGGUCCAAAAAAGGAUGAUAAAAAAGUAGGUAAAUAAACAAAAGUUGAGGCACCAGUUGAAAUAGUACCUUAAUAAAGAUAAAUACCUAAAUCAGAAAAUCAUGUUAAUGAAGCAAUUACUUAAUUUCUUUAACAUUUAGAAUAAGAUAGAAUAAUGGAUCAUUAUGCUAGACAUGCUGGAUUAAUUAAUGUAAGAAGUGAUGUGUAAAAAAGAGAAAUUUUAGAAGGAAUUCUAAUGGGAAAGGAAGAGAUUGCUGGAAUAAUAUAAAGAAAUCUUAAAAUGAGAGAAGAAAUUAAGCUUCUUUAAAAGUAUUAAAUAUAAAUAACUAUUAUAGGGAUAAUAAAGAGAUCUUAAUUAAUGAAUUCUAAUCUUAUAGAUCAUCAUAUAAAUAAGAACUUGCAGAGAUAUAUUAAUAAAGAGAUGCAAUCAAAUAGGAUUUAACUUAAUUAAUGAAAAAAGAGUAAUAAUUAUUUGAUGUAAGAUUAUUUAUUAAUAAAAAUAGUUAUGUAAAUAAGAAAAAGUAGGAAAUCCAGAAGAUGUAGAAAAAUUAAUUGCUGAUCCAUCUUAAUUAGAUCCUGUAUUAGUAAGUGCUGCCAAAUAAGUUAUUAAUAAUUGGAAGAUAGCAAUUAUUUAAGAAAAAAUAAACAAUGCUUUAUAAAACUUUGACAUUGAUACAUUAUAGAAAUGUGUUGAUUAGAUUUAAUAAUUAAAUAUAGAAGGUAUAGAUACAAGUGCUGCAGAUGAUAUGUUGGAUGAAGCAUCAGGAAAUCCAAAUUUUUAGGCAGAAAAAUUAGCAGAACUUAAAAAGUAAGGUAAAAAACCAAAUAAAAAAUGA